AGGUAACGGUAACUAUGUAUGACGUAGGGUUCUUUUCAUGGUGACAGAUAAUCAAAAGACAAGAUAUGGUCGACUAGUCGGCUAAAUAACGGUGAAUUUAUAUUUUUAUUUUAACAAAAUGGAUUGGAGUUUGAAUACAAUAUAGCAGAAGUUGUAGAUUGGACAAUGACCCAACACACCUCCAGGCUGUAUAAGGGCUAUUUGACCAAGAAGGAGGGUGAUGGAGUGCUGCAUCAGAUGACCUGGCCUCCACAAUCACCCGACCUCAACCCAAUUGAGAUGGUUUGGGAUGAGUUGGACCGCAGGAUGAAGGAAAAACAGCCAACAAAUUCUCAGCAUAUGUGGGAACUCCUUCAAGACUGUUGUAAAAGCAUUCCCCAUUAAGCUGGUUGAGAGAAUUCCAAGAGUGUGCAAAGCUCUCAUCAAGGCAAAGGGUGGCUACUUUGAAGAAUCUAACAUACAUUUUGAUUUGUUUAAAACAUUAUUUUUUUUACUACAUGAUUCCAUGUGUUUUUUUCAUAGUUUUGAUGUCUUCACUAUUAUUCUACAAUGUAGAAAAUAGUAAAAAUAAAGAAAAACCCUUGAAUGAGUAGGGUGUCUAAACUUUUGACUGGUACUGUGUAUAUUUUAAAUUCCAGUCCAAACCCGACUGCUCAGAGGCGUCCGCAUGGUCCUAAAGCCUCGUUUUGUAUCACAUUCCAAUGAUAAACACUCCAAACCCGACUGCUCAGAGGCGUCCGCAUGGUCCUAAAGCCUCGUUUUCUAUCACAUUCCAAUGAUAAACACUCCAAACCCGACUGCUCAGAGGCGUCCGCAUGGUCCUAAAGCCUCGUUUUCUAUCACAUUCCAAUGAUAAACACUCCAAACCCGACUGCUCAGAGGCGUCUGCAUGGUCCUAAAGCCUCGUUUUGUAUCACAUUCCAAUGAUAAACACUCCAAACCCGACUGCUCAGAGGCGUCUGCAUGGUCCUAAAGCCUCGUUUUGUAUCACAUUCCAAUGAUAAACACUCCAAACCCGACUGCUCAGAGGCGUCCGCAUGGUCCUAAAGCCUCGUUUUCUAUCACAUUCCAAUGAUAAACACUCCAAACCCGACUGCUCAGAGGCGUCCGCAUGGUCCUAAAGCCUCGUUUUCUAUCACAUUCCAAUGAUAAACACUCCAAACCCGACUGCUCAGAGGCGUCUGCAUGGUCCUAAAGCCUCGUUUUGUAUCACAUUCCAAUGAUAAACACUCCAAACCCGACUGCUCAGAGGCGUCUGCAUGGUCCUAAAGCCUCGUUUUGUAUCACAUUCCAAUGAUAAACACUCCAAACCCGACUGCUCAGAGGCGUCUGCAUGGUCCUAAAGCCUCGUUUUGUAUCACAUUCCAAUGAUAAACACUCCAAACCCGACUGCUCAGAGGCGUCUGCAUGGUCCUAAAGCCUCGUUUUGUAUCACAUUCCAAUGAUAAACACUCCAAACCCUACUGCUCAGAGGCGUCUGCAUGGUCCUAAAGCCUCGUUUUGUAUCACAUUCCAAUGAUAAACACUCCAAACCCGACUGCUCAGAGGCGUCUGCAUGGUCCUAAAGCCUCGUUUUGUAUCACAUUCCAAUGAUAAAACUGGAGGGGGACAAAAAUGGCAUUUCAGAAAGUGGGGUGGUGGGGGGGCAUGUCCCCAGUGAAAGUUACGCCCCUGCCUAUACAUAUAUAUCCCUCGACAGAAACAGAAAGUCAUCUCUCUCUGUUUCUUGUUUCUAUCAGGUGACUCUGCGGGACAGGAAGUGAUGGACUUCCGGUGGGGGAGGAGCCGGGGCGAGGAGGGCAUCGCCGUGGUGAUAAACUUCCUGCUGGCUAAUGCCCGAUUGGUCCUGGGAGUGGGAGGGGCCGCGGUGCUGGGCAUCGCUACGUUGGCUGUCAAGAGGUUGAUAGAACGCGCGGGCCGAGCAGCGGAGGACGAGAAGGUGGAACAGAAGAUGUCAGAGAGCUGGGAGGAGCUUGGCUUAGUCUCCGCCUCCCCCAAGUCCAUAAGGAAGGGGCUGGAGAGUGUGGUCAUGAAACAUGUCGCCAAGGCAACCAAACCACAGAAAGCUGACCUGUGCCAGCCCCAGCAGCAGAAGUCUAGUCUGAAUGAGAAGCCUGUCAACGCAGCAGAGCCCCAGAGACCCAAGAGCCUACAGCUGUCUCUCACCCUGCAGGACCGUCUCCAGCAGUAUUAUUCAACCAGAGCAGCUUUAGUCCCAGAGGUCGUCCACAGAGCUGAGAGUCUAGCUCUAGAUAUCUGUAUAGAGGUACAAGGAUUCCUGCACAGCACAAACCCUGACAUGCCUCUGGGAGAGAUGUCACUGGGAGGGUCCCUACUCGACGACCUACAGGUGGUGAGAGCGGACCAUGCGUGCCUGCUGGUUCCCCUCCAGCUAGAACCCAGUCUGUGGAGACUGAUCCCUGGGGAGGAGACUCUCCUAACACACCCUCUACACUGGAUGGUCCGGCGGGUCAACCUGGAGUACUUCCCUAGAGGACGCAGCUACUGGGACCGGUUCCUAGUAGGAGGGUAUCUGUCCUGCCGGGCGCUGGUGAGCAUGCUCAGUAAGGCUGUGAUGGAAACCAUGAACUGGCCGUCUCUCUCCUCCACUCUGGACUGUCUGGUCAGGCCUGUCCUCGGGGGAGAUGAACUGAAACUAGAGAUACGACCAGAGCGAGGUGAUACUCUCUUCAUCUCCGUAGUGCCGGUGCUGAGGGAGGCAGACGUGGUCCUGACUGCCCAGGUAGAGUUAACCCAGCCCUGGGAUAGUGCCUGGCACCUCUCCCUCUACCCCUGGGAGACCCAGCGCCUGACCCAGCUUGACUCCGCUGACCAGGGGGUCCGACGCGCCCUCCUCAAAACCCUCAAAGCCGUCUGUCGACACUGUCCCGCCCUGCGACCCCUCACCGCCGCACCGCUGGCCAACCUCAUCCUCCACCUCAGCGACACGGAUGUGGAUUGGUCGGAGGGUUGUCUGAGUGGGCGGUUCCAGCAGUGUGUGUGGGAGCUGAUAGGCUAUCUGGAGCAGGGGGUGUUACCUAGCUACUUCAAGCCCAGUGUUAAUAUGUUGAACGGAGUGACGGAGGAAGAGGUCGAUGAGAUGGGCUUUAUGUUGUACUGCGCCGUCUCUGAACCAGACAUUCUGCUGAUAUAGAUAUAUAUAUAUAUAUACUCUAACCUGGUGUAUAUAUCAGAGAGGAAGAAGACAUGUAUUAGAUAUAAGAGACACCACCCUGACGUCUAUAGAUCAGUUGUGCCAUAUUACCGCUCCACUGAGACGUGGACGGGAGAUUGUUGUUCAGGCAGUCGUGCAUCUCCUUCACAUACACCUGUGGGGGCUGACUGACUAAACAGAGAUAAUUUAUAUAUUGUGUAUGAGUACUAUGGUGCGGAUGAGUUGAUGGGGGGCUCUGACUGAGUAGCACAGAGACUCUGGUGACAUGAUGAUGAUGGACUGUGCCUUAGGGGAAGUAGAUGAGGGAAGGAAGAAAUGAAAAAGAAGACUAGGGCUGCGUUUUACAGACACCCAAUUCUGAUCAUUUGGGGGCAGAAUCAGGUUACCUGUGUUAAACGCAGCCUUUAGUGACGGAGACUUGUUUUUCUCCUGCUGCGGACUAUGUAUCUAGAUCUAGUACAUCUCUGGCCAAAAGGCUGUUUCAGUAAAGUAGUUGACUACUUUAAAAUGGUGGAAGCGCUCAAUGGACUAUAUAUCUAGAUCUAGUACAUCUCUGGCCAAAAGGCUGUUUCAGAAUGGCCUGCGCCAUUGAGGCUACAACCCAUAGGAAUCCCCCACCCUAGUUGACUACUUUAAAAUGGUGGAGCCCUCAAUGGACUAUAUAUCUAGAUCUACUACAGCUCUGUCCAAAAGGCUGUUUCAGAAUGGCCUGCGCCAUUGAGGCUACAACCCAUAGGAAUCUCCACCCUAGUUGACUACUUUAAAAUGGUGGAAGCCCUCAAUGGACUAUAUAUCUAGAUUUACUACAGCUCUGUCCAAAAGGCUGUUUCAGAAUGGCCUGCGCCAUUGAGGCUACAACCCAUAGGAAUCCCCCACCCUAGUUGACUACUUUAAAAUGGUGGAAGCCCUCAAUGAGUGCUACCCAUUCUAAAACUGCAUUUUUUGGGGGGGGGGGGGGUCAUUGAAAGGCCUGGAUCAUUCUCUAUGGGCCGACUGGACGACACAAGAUAACAGAGUUAGCACUAGUUACCACAGCCACAAAGUGAUAAUUAUGUCUAAAAUCCCUCCGCCAAUUUCUCUUCUUAAAAUCCGAUUUUUAAACCUGUUUAAUGACGUCAAUAUAUGCACCUUCUACUGAAUGAAGUGCUCACCUUUUCUUUUCAUCAUGUUGUCUGUGUUUUGCGUUUGCUGAAGAGUGACUUAAAUAAAUGUUUUCUGCUGAACUA